GCGCGCAGGUGCGUGAGGCCGCGCCCGCCGGGGACCCUGCAGACGCGGACCCGCCAUGGAACACAUCCGCACGCCCAAGGUUGAAAAUGUGCGCUUGGUAGACCGAGUGUCUUGUAAGAAGGCAGCGCUGGGAACUUUGUAUCUGACGGCCACUCACGUCAUAUUCGUGGAAAAUGCACCUGACACAAGGAAAGAAACCUGGAUUCUUCACAGUCAGAUCUCCACCAUUGAAAAGCAGGCGACAACAGCUACGGGCUGCCCUCUGCUUAUUCGCUGCAAGAACUUUCAGAUCGUACAGCUUGUCAUACCGCAGGAGAGAGACUGCCAUGACGUGUACAUCUCUCUGAUACGCCUUGCACGGCCAGUGAAAUAUGAGGAGCUCUACUGCUUUUCCUUCAAUCCCAAGCUGGAUAAGGAAGAACGAGAGCAGGGCUGGCUGCUGGUUGACCUUAGUGAAGAAUACAAGCGGAUGGGCCUCCCUGAUAAUCACUGGCAGCUCAGCGAUGUGAACAGAGACUACAGAGUUUGUGACUCUUACCCCACGGAACUGUAUGUCCCCAGAUCGGCCACAGCACACAUCAUCGUGGGCAGCUCCAAGUUCCGGAGCAGACGGCGAUUUCCUGCCCUUUCCUACUACUGUAAAGAAAGCCAUGCCUCCAUCUGCAGAAGCAGCCAGCCCCUUUCUGGUUUCAGUGCUCGGUGCCUGGAGGAUGAGCAGAUGCUCCAAGCCAUCAGGAAAGCCAAUCCUGGAAGUGACUUCAUUUAUGUCGUGGACACAAGGCCUAAACUUAAUGCAAUGGCAAAUCGGGCUGCAGGGAAAGGCUAUGAGAAUGAAGACAAUUAUUCCAAUAUCAAGUUUCAGUUUAUCGGGAUAGAGAACAUCCAUGUCAUGAGGAACAGUCUUCAGAAAAUGCUGGAAGUGUGUGAACUUAAGUCUCCCUCUAUGAGUGAUUUCCUAUGGGGACUCGAGAACUCAGGCUGGCUAAGGCACAUCAAAGCCAUCAUGGAUGCAGGGAUCUUCAUUGCAAAGGCAGUUUCAGAGGAAGGAGCAAGUGUGCUUGUCCACUGUUCUGACGGCUGGGACAGAACGGCCCAGGUAUGUUCGGUGGCAAGCCUGCUGCUGGACCCUUACUACCGGACUCUGAAAGGAUUCAUGGUAUUAAUUGAAAAGGACUGGAUUUCCUUCGGACAUAAAUUUAAUCAUAGAUAUGGCAACUUAGAUGGUGACCCUAAAGAAAUCUCUCCAGUGAUCGACCAGUUCAUUGAGUGCGUCUGGCAGUUAAUGGAACAGUUCCCUUGCGCCUUUGAGUUCAACGAGAGGUUUCUGAUUCACAUUCAACAUCAUGUUUACUCCUGCCAGUUUGGAAACUUCCUAUGUAAUAGCCAGAAGGAGAGACGAGAACUCAAGAUUCAAGAAAGAACCUACUCUUUGUGGUCAAACAUGUGGAAGAAUCGGGCUGACUACCUCAAUCCUCUGUUUAGAGCUGACCACAGUCAGACCCAGGGGAGCCUUCAUCUGCCGACAGCUCCAUGCAACUUUACAUAUAAGUUUUGGAACGGGAUGUAUAACCGCUUUGAAAAGGGGCUGCAGCCUCGACAGUCUGUUACAGAUUACCUCAUGGCUGUGAAGGAGGAGUCCCAGCAGCUGGAGGAAGAACUGGAGUCCCUAGAAGAAAGGCUGGAAAAAAUUCAGAAAGUUCACUUCAAUGGCACCAAAGUGAAGAGUAAACAAAGUGAACCCAGCAAACACUCGGGAUUUUCUACCUCAGACAACAGCACAGCCAACACUCCUCAGGAUUACAGUGGGAACAUGAAGUCCUUCCCAUCCAGGAGCCCUUCCCAGGGUGAUGAAGAUUCUGCUCUGAUUCUAACCCAAGACAAUUUAAAAAGCUCAGACCCCGAUCUUUCAGUGAAUAGUGAUCAGGAGUCUGGGGUGGAGGAUCUGAGCUGUCGAUCUCCCAGUGGUGGUGAGCAUGCACCCAGCGAAGACAGCGGCAAGGACCGGGACUCUGACGAAGCUGUGUUUCUCACUGCCUGAAGUUUCCCUUUGGAGGUUCAAAGUAAAAGACACAGAAACACUUUCAAAUUAAGGGGAAAGUGCAAUUCGUAGUAAAAAUGUUGAGAAAUGGCAAGUUCCAUCCAUAACUAUAAAAUUACAGCUGUGAAAAUGGAAAAAAAAAUGUUUGUUAUCAAUAGCCAGUUCUUUUAUCAAAUCAUUCUUCCCAGAGGGCACGGGGCAGGAGCCAGCGGGGCUGUCAAGACCUUCCCACCAGCUCCCAUCAGCUGCCCUCACAUCAUCAUUAGGAUAAGCUGCUCUGUAUCACCAGUACUCUCCAGACCAUGGCGUCUGAUCCCCAGUAUGUGCUCACUGAGUGUAAUCUCCUCAUCCUGGGUAGAUAGUUCAAAUUUGAGGGAGAGAAGGAAGUAAUCUCUGGGGAAUCUGACCACCGACACAAGUGGAUAGUUCUACAGAUUCCGAGCCUGUUGCAAAAUGGUGAAUGAGUACAAGUUUCAGAUUUUGUAACCAGCCUCAGUCUAUGAUGCUCAUCUGCAUAGAUGCCAGGUCUUCUGAGGGUCAGGAUGUGUGGGAGUGACCUCAGGAGAGGAGGAGCCGCGCAAGCCAUAGUAAGCUUAUCAAAACAUAAUGGAGACUGAUCCCCACUCCUGAGGCUCACGUUAGACUAUGAAAAUUAUACUCACUACAGAGAAAGCAUCGUCACCUAAGGCUGUCCAGACAGCUAGACAGUCUUCCCUGGCAUAGCAUGUCUCUGCUUAUAAAGCCCUCCUCUCAUACCUGUUGAUGUUUGGACUUUGAUUUCACUUCCAGAUACAGCUUACAUUCACAAACAUUUGAUAUUUCCUUCUGCCUUUAUCAAUAUUUAAAAAUAAGUACUCAGAGUACCCUUUUCUGUCAAAUAAAUUUUUCCCCUAUGGAGUAUCUUCUGCUUCUCAAAAAUGUGUAUCUUUAACAUGAAUGUAGUACCUAGUAAAGCAGAAGCCUCACUCACUUUCUCCAUCUCAAAUCUGAAUCCAGACAUUAGCUCUUAGCAACCUUUCACUACUAUUUCAGAGAUUAUAUCUAUCAAAUCUGUGAGCCAGCACUAACUUGAUUCCGAAUUACAACACUGUAAACUCAGUAGGUCAUAGUACUCAGUUGCAAUGGAAAAGGUAAAGAACUAGGGAAUUUGCUUAUCAUGUAGUUACUAUCUGCUUAUUGUGAUACGACACCACAACCAAGGCAACUAGAAUAAAGGAUUUAUUUGGGGCUUACAGUUUCAAAGGGUCAGAAUCCACGACUAUCAUGGUGGAAGGCAUGGCAGUAGCCAAGUAGGUGUGGCAUUGGAGCAGUAGCUGACAGGUCACAUCUCGAGACAAAACCAAUAGGCAGUGAGAGCUAACUAGAAAAGGCAUGGAUUUUUUUGAACAUUUAAAGGCAGCUCCCAGUAGCAUACCCCUCCAACAAGGCCGCACCUCUUAAUCCUUCCUAAACAGUUCUACCAACCCAGGAACAAAGCAUUCAAAUAGAUGAGCCUUUGGGAGCCAUUCUUCAAACUCCCAACACAUCUGCUAAACACAGGGAAUAAAGGUUACAGCACUUUUCAUUUUACAAAUUAUAUAGAAAAUUAAUUCUUCCUGUAACAUUAGCUAUAUCUCAUGACCAUGGACUACUGAAUGGUACUUCUGAAGAAUCUGUUAAAAUGCAUUUAAAUCAGGAGUUGAAUUGAGCUUUUGAUCUGA